UUGUAUUUCGUAUCUACUGCGCAUUCUCCAUUCUUCGUAUCGGGAUGAGCUUUGCGUUUGCCUUCUUUCACAAUCUUUCACCACAUAUUUAUAUCAGUGAUAUUCAUUAUCAUAAGUAAACAUCAACACGUUGAGCAUUCGUAUUCUACAUUUAACUUUCGUUGAGAGGAGUCGAUCUGUGGUGUUCAUUCUAAGUUUUGGUCAAUCUAAUUACCAUUAUGGCUAAGGACAACCUAACUGCCGUUCUGUACGGAGUAGAGGACUUAAGAUUGGAGCAACGACCCAUUCCAACGCCGAAGGAUAAUGAGGUACUCCUGGAAAUGGAUUCUGUCGGUAUCUGCGGUUCGGACGUGCAUUAUCUGGCCAAAGGACGAUGUGGGGACUUUGUGGUGCAAAAACCAAUGGUGAUUGGUCACGAAGCUUCGGGUAUUGUUUCUAAGGUUGGUUCCAAGGUUAAACACCUUAAGGCUGGUGAUCGGGUGGCGAUCGAGCCCGGUUAUGGAUGCAGGGUGUGUGACUUUUGCAAGAGUGGUCGCUACAACCUGUGCGACGAAAUGAUCUUCUGUGCAACACCACCGUACGACGGAAAUCUUACACGCUUCUAUACCCACCCCGCUGACUUCUGCUUUAAACUACCAUCCCAUGUGACUAUGGAAGAAGGGGCGUUGCUGGAACCUUUAUCUGUUGGAGUGCACGCAUGUCGCCGGGCUGGUAUUGGCUUGGGUUCAGAAGUUCUGAUUCUUGGCGCUGGACCGAUCGGCUUGGUAACACUCAUUACAGCGAAAUCAAUGGGAGCCGGUAAAAUCGUUGUGACGGAUCUACUCCAGAAUCGUUUAGAUGUGGCCAAGGAACUGGGAGCCGAUGGGACUUUGGUAGUUGAGAUUGGGGCUAAAGAGCAAGAAGUGGUGAAAAAGGUUCAUGAUUUAUUCGGUGGAGCACCGGACAAAACUAUUGAUUGCAGUGGAGCCGAAGCUACAUCGAGACUGUCAAUUUUAGCCACCCGAUCUGGCGGAUGUGCCGUUCUAGUUGGUAUGGGUGCAUCUGAAGUCAAGCUUCCACUAGCAAAUGCAUUAGCACGUGAGGUCGACAUUCGAGGCGUUUUCCGUUAUUGCAACGACUACCCAGCAGCAUUGAGUCUCGUGGCGAGUGGCAAAAUAAACGUGAAACGAUUGAUAACCCAUCACUUCAAUAUUGAGGAAACGGCUGAGGCUUUUAAUACAUCGCGACAUGGCCUUGGUGGCGCCAUCAAGGUUAUGAUUCACGUGCAGCCUAAGGACAAGAACAACUAAAAGAUAAUAGAAGGAACAACAUUAUAUUAAAUGCAGUUAUUAUUUAAGUAUUCCAUAAAGCUUCAUUCACAAUUAAAUGAGAAUAUAGGAUGUAAAGACCCAA